CCAAACCGACUAAUAGACCACACAAUCCGUAUAUCGAGUCGAAAAUACAAAGAGUAUAGUAUAGGGAAAAAAACAAAAAGAGUGAAAGAAAAAAGGAGGAUUAAAAUUGAAGCCCCGAAAAAAUGAAAUUUCCCCAAAUCUGAAUGGGAACAUUUGCCCUAACCCAUUUCCCUCUAUUCGGAUCCUCCAGUUACGACGACCACGGUUCCCGGAUCCUGCGCUCAUCGGUUCUCCGGGGAAGCGUAUGAUGGAUUGCGGUGUUGGAUCCAUCGUGUGGGUGCGUCGGAGAAACGGGUCGUGGUGGCCGGGUCAAAUCCUCGGCCCCGACGACCUCUCCGCCUCUCACCUCACCUCGCCCCGAUCCGGAACCCCCGUCAAGCUCCUCGGCAGAGAAGACGCCAGCGUGGAUUGGUACAAUUUGGAGAAAUCCAAGCGUGUGAAGGCAUUCCGGUGUGGCGAGUUUGAUGAUUGUAUUGAAAAGGCUGAAACCGCUCAGGGAGGGCCGUUGAAGAAACGAGAGAAGUAUGCGCGCCGAGAAGACGCCAUUCUCCAUGCUCUUGAGCUUGAGAAACAGAUUUCGAAGAAGCCAGGGAAAUCAAGUGCUAGUUCAUUGAAUGCUGUUAAAAAGGUUGCGGUUGCGGUUGCAUCGCCGCCCGAAACACUGGGAAAUGAUAAUGAAAACCAUGCAAAUUUGAAUGUGUAUUGUGAAAAUGAGACUGGUGGAGGUUCCUUUCCUUCCGAGGUUGCCAAGGAUGGCAAUCAACUGCAUGUGGAAGUAGAUUAUUCUGAAACGACUCCUCGGAUGAGAGACUUGCAGGAUUUUGGGCUCAGAAUCGCCCCUGCGAAAAAGAAUCUUUCAUCUUCUGUUGAUCCAUACUUUUCUCAGAAGCGGAUUGUUGAUGAUGGUGCUCGGGCUCUUGCAAGUGGUGGUGGUAUUCGUACGGGGAGUGCACUUCUCAUGAAUGGAGCUGGGCAAAUAGCAGAUUCCCGAGCAAAGAGGAGUAGAUAUGUGCACUUUCCGACUGAGUCUAGUGAUUCUCUUGAAUACAGAGAGACUCUACCCUGUGUUGAGAUGUCACCUUCCCAACUCAGAAGGGAGUUUCCUUAUCAUGAUUCUUUGGUUCGAGAGGCUGAAUAUACUUUUAUGGAUGAUGCUGAAUCUGAUUCUUCAGAAACAGCCUCUACAGAUUCUGAUUCUGAUUCUUCCGAGACAGAACCAGACAUGGAUGAAGAGAUGACUAUAUUUUCAGAAACUGGUCAUGAUGCUGAAGAACACGAAAGUACUAGCAGUGAGGAGCUUGAUGAAUUGCCAAUUUCCAAUGACAUGUCUCACCUUUAUCCUCGUGACUUAAUAACAUGUAAUGAUGCUGUAUCUAAAUGGCAACUUAAAGGGAAAAGGAAUAAUCGGAAUCUUGUAAAGAGGUCCGUUGGUGCUUCUGAAGGAAAAUGUAUUUUGGAUGGAGCAGGAGCAGAUGUUGAAGGAAGGAAUGGUCAUUUAAGGCACAAUAGAAAGGGUCCAAGUUUGCACCGCUACAAAUUUGAUUUUGGUGAUACUUUUGAUGACGAUGGUCAGAUUUUUGGACUGGAAGAUGAAUACUCUCUAACUUCUAGAUCUAUAUCAAAAAGUGGAAGUAAAAUUCAUCGUGGUGUAGCUUGGAAUGAUUUGGCCUGGGGUGACCAUCUUGCUUCAAAAGGAUAUUGGGAUGUUAAAGCAUAUUCUCCAAUGCAUGGUGAUCGUUAUGAUUUUGGUGGGAGGGUGAGGUCGAUGCUGGUUGAUGUAGAUUUGAAGGUUCAAGCAAGCUAUAGGAAAGAGCAUGUACCUUUCAUUUCUCUGAUGAGUAAAUUAGAUGGGAGGGCAAUAGUAGGGCACCCAAUUCAGGUUGAGGCUCUCAAGGAUGGUUCAUCUGAUAUUCUAUUUCCUGCAACUGAUGACUUCAGUAAUGAUGGGACUGCUAUUGAGGGAACUAGCGUGCUUCCACCAGCAUGGAGGACUGCAAGGAGAACUGCAAAUUUUCGUGUGCGACGCCCCCAUGUUCCAUCUUCAAAUGGUGUUGAAGUUGCUGCAGAGCUUCCCUCUUCAGAUCAAGAACAAAACUUCGAAUUUAGAAGUUUAAACUCUGGAAGUUCCAGUCACCAGGCUAGCCUUCAAAAGAAGAGUGGCCUUAAAAGUCAUCGGUCUUCAGCUGACAGAAAGUCCUUAAAAAAGGUGCCAAAGAAAUUGGGCUUGUCAUCUAGCCAAAAAACUCGAACUCUGUCCUCAUUAUCUACUGAACAUAAUCUUAGUAGAAAGCCAUUACAUGAUAGCAGUAGUUAUCAAACAGAUAGAUUGACUAAACCAGAAAUCUCUAGGCCCACUACAGUAGCUUGCAUACCAGUCCAGUUAGUAUUUAGUAGAUUACUAGAGAAGAUUAAUAGGCCUCCAUUGAAAACAGCUAGUAAUGCGGCUUUGCUGUAUACUGGUGUGUAGAGAAAUUCAUAGGUUACAUGUACAUUGUUAUAUGGGAACAAUAAUCUUAUAGUUGUAGACAAUAUGUUAGGCAUGCCUUGUUUCUGACAUAGGGAAGUCCUAUUCAAUUUAUUGUCAGCAUUUUAAGGAUUAAUAUGCUGUAUAGUUCCCUAUUCACCAUGUAUCUAGUCUAGAUAAAUAAAAGGUACAUGAAAUUAUUUAGCUGUCUUGUAAGUGUACAUGUGCCAACAGAUCUUGGUUUCCUGGGAACUGCAAACUAGCUAGUUAUUGGUUUAUUAGUUCUAAUAUUGAUGGGAACUUGAAAGUCCAAUAGAAUCUAGUCUUUUGCUAGCUCUAUGUUGAUGCUUUUGGCGGAAAAAUCUGCUGAAGUUUGGGUUUUUCGAAAUUACAAACAAACAUAAGCUGCCUGCAGCUGCUUCUUCACUACACACUACAUGCAUGUGUUUGGCAUGUAACAAUUUGCAGUAUAAUGAGUUUUUUUUUUUUGCUAAAAUAUAUACUCGAAUUUGUUCUCAUUUGGAAAUUGGUAGCUCUGGUCUAUAUAAAUGUGUACAUAGCCGCCGAUUGCUGUGUCUGUUUAUGAUUCUGACAGAUUUGGUUAAGUUUGCGUUUGAA